AUGGAUGACCUCAGCAGCUUCACGGACAGGAUCUCCACAGACAGGAUCCCUGUAGCCAAGAUCUUCAUGGACCAGGCCUCCAUGGAUGGGAUUUCCAUUGACCAGAUCUCCACGGAUGGGAUCUUUGUGGACCAGACCUCCAUGGGCUGGGAUCCUGUGCCGGAGGAGGACGAGUCACGGAUCAUCGGUGGGAGACCUUGCUCCAUCCAAGAGCGACCUUUCCAAGUUGCCAUCAUCAAGAGGGGUCAAAUCCUGUGCGGGGGAAGUUUGAUAGCGUCACAGUGGGUCCUGACAGCCGCCCACUGCCGGCAGCCGCAGAGCGUCGUCCGGGUGUUGAUUGGGACGGACACGUUACGGGCUGGGACAGGCCAAUGGAGGAGGAUUUCAAAGUCCUAUGUCCAUCCGGCCUACAACUCCCGCAAGAUUGACAACGACUUCAUGCUCCUGAAGCUGAACGCCCCUGUUGUGUUCAACGAGAAGGUCAAGAAGAUCCGGUUGGCCACCACGUGUCCCAUGGCAGGGAUGAGGUGCAGCGUCUCCGGUUGGGGCACGACGUCAUCCCCUGGAGCAACCCUGCCCCGAAAGUUGCAGUGCGCCGACAUCCAAACCUUUGGGAAGGCCAAGUGCCACCGGGCGUACGGCAACGCCAUCACCCCCAACAUGUUCUGCGCCGGUGUCCCCCAGGGGGGCAUCGAUUCCUGCCAGGGUGACUCCGGUGGCCCGCUGGUGUGCGGGGGGCAGCUGCAGGGCGUGGUCUCCUGGGGGAUGGCCGUCUGCGGCCACCGUGGCCACCCCGGCGUCUACUCCAACGUCUGGCACUGGGCGGUGCUGAUCCCCCUCUGGGCUCCCGCAGUGGCCGUGGGGGACGAGAACCGGAUCGUGGGGGGCCAGAGCUGCCAGAAGAAGCGUCACCCCUACCAGGUGGUCCUCCUGGGGCCCGAGAAGAACAUCCACUGCGGUGGGGUCCUCCUGGGGAGGUCCUGGGUGCUGACGGCCGCCCACUGCGACACCAAGAGCUCCAUCCCCAUCCGCAUGGGCGACCACAGCUUGAAGACCAAAGAAGGGACGGAGCAGUGCAUCAACUCGGCCAAAGCCUUCAUCCACCCCAACUACAACCCCACCAGCCAUGACAGUGACAUCAUGCUCCUGAAGCUCCAGAAGCCCGUGCGUUUCACCGACGUGGUCCAUCCCGUGGACCUCCCCAAGAAUUGUCCCCCCCCCAACAGCGAGUGCAUUGUCUCAGGCUGGGGGAGCACCAGCAGCCCUGAAGGGUACUUCCCCGAUGUUCUCCAGUGCGGCGUGGUCUACACCAUUCCCAACGAGGAGUGCGCCAAGCUCUACCCCAAAGGCAUCACCAAGAACAUGCUCUGCGCCGGCGUCAGCUCGGGGGGCACCGACUCCUGCCAGGGCGACUCGGGGGGGCCGCUGGUGUGCAAGGACGAGCUGCAGGGCAUCGUCUCCUGGGGGAUGCAGGUCUGCGGACAGCGGGGCAAGCCGGGCGUCUACACCCGCGUCUGCGAGUUCACCCCCUGGAUCCGUGACAUCAUGAGGAAACAGCCAUGUGUCUGA